AGGAGGCGGUUGUUGGGGGCCGGCUCCUGAGUGGCGGACUCGGCGGCGUGGCUCGGUGUUUAACCGCGUUUGACAGUUGGCUCGUGCAAGGAAUUGGUAGACGCGGGACCUGGGCUGGAAUGAGGCGCGGAGGCAGUGUUUGUAGGAAACCGUGCAGUAGGGUCCUAUGGGAAAGAGGACUUCAGCUUCCCCGCCCCUUCUCCCGAGCACCAGCCAAGUACCUGGCCCAGAUCAUCGUGAUGGGCGUGCAGGUGGUGGGCAAAGCCUUUGCCCGGGCCCUGAGGCAGGAGUUUGCAGCAAGCCAGGCAGCCGCUGAUGCUCGGGGUCGUGCUGGGCACCAGUCUGCAGCUGCAUCCAGCCUCUCUGGCCUCAGCCUUCAAGAGGCCCAGCAGAUCCUCAACAUCUCCAAGCUGAACCCUGAGCAGGUCCAGAAGAAUUAUGAACACCUGUUUAAGGUGAACGAUAAGUCCGUGGGAGGCUCUUUCUACUUGCAAUCAAAGGUUGUCCGUGCGAAGGAACGUCUAGAUGAGGAACUCCGAAUACAAGCCCAGGAAGAGAGAGAGAAAGGGCAGAUGCCCAAAACGUGACUGCUGGCCACUCCCCACCCCACCCAUUGCCUCAUAAUUUAUAGCUUGGUAAUAAAUGUCUUUUCCAUGUUUC